AUGGACAUCACGGAGGUCCCUGUAAGUCAGGACAACAAAGGCAAGAAAAAGAAGAAUAAGAAGCCGAAGAAGAAGAUUGUGAAAGAGGAGGGAAAUGGUGAAGGCAGCGGGGUGGAGAAGAAAGAGGUGGAGAAGAUGGAGAAAAGUGAGGCGGCAGCAGCCUUCCCCCCCACCUUCAGUGUGUCCGAAAUCAAGAACAAACAGCGGAGACACCUCAUGUUUAUGAAACUCAAGCAGGAGAAAAGAAUGCAAAAGAUGCAGCUGAAGAAAAAGAAGAAAAAAGAAAGAGAAGCUUUAGGUGACAAGGCUCCACCAAAAGAGGUCCCAAAGACGAUAGAAAACCAGCGCGUGUACGACGAGACAACAGUUGACCCAGAAGACGAAGAGGUUACAUUCGACGAGGGAACUGAUGAAUUUUCUGCCUACUUCAAUGGGCUCACAAACCCCAAAGUGCUCAUCACAACAUCAGACAGACCCAGAGGGAGGACGGUGAGGUUUUGUGAGCAGCUGGCCACAGUGAUCCCAAACGCCCACGUGUACUACAGAAGAGGUUUGGCGCUAAAGAGGGUCAUUCCCCAGUGCGUCUCCAGGAACUUUACAUACCUCAUGGUCAUCAACGAGGAUCGCAAAGUGCCCAAUGGUAUGGUUCUCUGUCACCUACCUGACGGGCCGACUGCACACUUCAAGAUCAGCAGUGUUCGACUACGGAAGGAGAUAAAGAGACGGGGUAAGGAUCCCACGGAACACUGCCCAGAGGUGAUCCUAAACAACUUCACCACGCGUCUGGGCCACAGCGUCGGUCGGCUGUUCGCCGCUCUCUUUCCGCAAGACCCCCAGUUUGUGGGCCGACAGGUCGCCACCUUCCACAACCAGAGAGACUUCAUCUUUUUCAGAUUCCACAGGUAUAUCUUCAAGAAUGAGAAGAAGGUUGGAAUUCAGGAGCUGGGACCACGCUUCACCCUCAAACUCCGCUCUCUACAAAAAGGAACCUUUGACUCAAAGUUCGGAGAGUAUGAGUGGGUCCUGAAGCGCCAUGAGAUGGAUGCCUGCAGACGGAAGUUCCACCUUUGAGGACACAACGAUGUUCCUUUGUGACCAGACAAGGAUAACUUUGAUUAUUAAGAUAUUACAGCUGUUUGUGGACUUACACAAAUGGACUUUAUAGUGGAUA